CUCCCCAACCUCCACUCCCAAAUCUCCAAAUCUCUUUCUUGAUUCUUUCUCCACACGCACCGCCGCCGCAGCCAGCGAGAGAGAAGAGGUAUAAAUCCAUCCAUCCAUCCAUCCGUAGGCCAACAACGCAGACGCACGCAGGCAGCGCCGCGCCGAAUCCCCUCCGUCCCCUAGCCUCCUUCCUCUGUCUGUCCCGGCGGCGGGGGGAAGAUGGAGAUAUUCUACUACGUGGUGUUCGGGGGCCUGGCGGCGGUGGUGGCGGGGCUGGAGCUGGGCAAGAGCGGCAAGGACCGCGUCGCCACCCCCACCGCAUUCAACGCCUUCAAGAACAACUACGUCCUAGUAUACUCCCUAAUGAUGUCCGGCGACUGGCUCCAGGGUCCCUACGUGUACUACCUCUACAGCCAGUACGGGUUCGACAAGGGCGACAUCGGCCGCCUCUUCAUCGCCGGAUUCGGCUCGUCCAUGCUCUUCGGCACCAUCGUAGGCUCACUAGCAGACAGGCAGGGCCGCAAGCGCGCGUGCAUCACCUACUGCAUCACCUACAUCCUCAGCUGCAUCACCAAGCACUCCCCACAGUACCGGGUCCUCCUGCUCGGCCGCAUCCUCGGCGGCGUCGCCACCUCCCUCCUCUUCUCCGCAUUCGAGUCAUGGCUCGUCGCCGAGCACAACAAGAGAGGCUAUGACCCGCAAUGGUUGUCCAUCACAUUCUCAAAGGCUAUAUUCCUCGGAAAUGGUCUCAUCGCCAUUAUAGCUGGCCUCUUUGCUAACCUCCUCGCUGACAACUUGGGCUUUGGCCCUGUGGCUCCUUUCGAUGCCGCCGCGUGCUUCCUGGCAAUAGGCAUGGCCAUCAUCAUGUCCUCAUGGAGUGAAAACUACGGAGAUCAAUCUGAAGGCAAGGAUCUCAUGUCUCAGUUCAAGGUUGCCGCCAAGGCAAUUGCUUCAGAUGAGAAAAUCGCAUUGCUGGGAGCCAUUCAGUCGCUGUUCGAGGGCUCCAUGUACACCUUUGUCUUCCUCUGGACUCCAGCCUUGAGCCCAAAUGACGAAGACAUUCCUCAUGGCUUCAUAUUUGCCACCUUCAUGCUGUCCUCUAUGCUGGGUAGCUCCAUUGCAUCACGCCUAUUGGCCCGGAAAAUGAAGGUUGAAGGCUAUAUGCAGAUCGUGUUUGCAGUAUCAGCCUUCACCCUUUUCCUCCCAGUUGCCACCAGCCUUCUGGUGCCGACGUCUUCAGUGAAAGGAAGCGGCAUCUCAUUUGGGGGCUCUCUGCAGCUGCUUGGUUUCUGUACCUUUGAGUCCUGCGUCGGCAUUUUCUGGCCAUCCAUCAUGAAGAUGAGAUCUCAGUACAUUCCUGAGGAGGCAAGGAGCACCAUCAUGAACUUCUUCCGCAUACCGCUCAACCUGUUUGUCUGUGUGGUGCUCUACAAUGUGAAUGCUUUCCCUAUCACCGUCAUGUUCGGCAUGUGUUCAAUCUUCCUCUUCAUGGCGGCAAUCUUGCAGAGACGGCUGAUGGUUGUCGCUGACCUACACAAGCUAUCCACAAAAUCACAAGAGAUGACCGCGGAAGACGAGCCUCUAAAUCCUUGAAAGGCCAACACACUCCCUCCACCUGACCUGGGUGCUGAAUAAGAUGUUUUGAUUGUAAUCUUUUUUCUGUAGCAUAGAUCAGAUGGAUAUUAUUAUUGGCUAGGCACGAGGACAUGGAUGGAUGGAUACACCAAAGCAAGAAUUCAGAGGCUGCUGAGUGAAUUGGUAUAGUCUAUUUAUUUUUAUGAUUCCUGCUCUUGUUGUUCAUCGGGACGGCAUUAUUUGUGUUCAAUACGCUACGAGUAUCUGAGUGAAUAUCUAUCUGUUGCCAAAAAGAAAAGAAAAGAAAAGAAAAAAGAAGUUUAUGUUGUUU